GCGGUUGCCCGUCAGUGCCGCUUUCUUCCGCCCUUCUCCUUCCGCGACGGCGUCGUGAAGACGGAGGGCGCUUGACGGCCAGCCGGAGAGGCAACCUGUGGGGAGCCGUGAGGGGGGCAGCGUCGCCAUGAGGCAGAAGAAGAAAGGAGACCUCAGCCGGGCAGAGCUGAUGAUGAUGACCAUCUCAGACGUCAUCAAGCAGCUCAUUGAAGCUCACGACCAGGGCAAAGAUGUCAACUUGAACAAGAUAAAGACCAAGACAGCUGCAAAGUAUGGGCUUUCGGCACAGCCCCGCCUCGUGGACAUCAUUGCUGCGGUGCCGCCCCAGUAUCGCAGAAUGCUGGUUCCCAAGCUGAAGGCGAAGCCCAUCCGCACUGCUAGUGGGAUUGCUGUUGUGGCAGUGAUGUGUAAGCCGCACAGAUGUCCACACAUUAACUUCACAGGAAACAUUUGCGUGUACUGUCCAGGGGGUCCCGAUUCUGACUUUGAGUAUUCAACUCAGUCUUACACAGGAUACGAGCCAACUUCCAUGAGAGCCAUCCGUGCCAGGUAUGACCCGUAUCUCCAGACCAGGCACCGCGUUGAGCAGCUGAAGCAGUUGGGUCACAGUGUGGACAAAGUGGAGUUCAUUGUGAUGGGAGGGACGUUCAUGGCACUUCCCGAAGAAUACCGGGAUUAUUUUAUCCGCAACUUGCAUGACGCUUUAUCGGGCCACACCUCCAACAACGUGGCAGAGGCUGUCAGAUACUCUGAGCGAAGCCUUACAAAGUGCAUUGGCAUAACUAUAGAAACCCGGCCGGAUUACUGCCUGAAACGGCACUUGAGCGAUAUGUUGUCAUACGGCUGCACAAGGCUGGAGAUUGGCGUGCAGAGUGUCUAUGAGGAUGUGGCCAGAGACACGAACAGGGGCCAUACGGUGAAGGCUGUGUGCGAAUCAUUCCAUCUAGCCAAAGACGCCGGGUUCAAAGUGGUGGCCCACAUGAUGCCAGACCUGCCCAACAUGGGACUCGAGAGGGACAUCGACCAGUUUGUGGAGUUUUUUGAGAAUCCCGCCUUUCGCCCCGAUGGCAUGAAGCUCUACCCGACCCUCGUGAUCCGUGGCACCGGCUUGUACGAGCUCUGGAAGACGGGGAGGUACAAGAGCUACCCUCCGAGCACCCUCGUGGAUUUGGUGGCGAGGAUACUGGCUCUCGUGCCCCCGUGGACACGAGUAUACCGUGUGCAGAGAGAUAUUCCGAUGCCCCUCGUCAGUUCUGGAGUAGAGCACGGUAACUUGAGGGAACUCGCUCUAGCCAGGAUGAAAGACCUAGGGACGGAGUGCCGCGAUGUGAGGACAAGAGAGGUCGGAAUUCAAGAGAUUCAUCACAAAGUGAGACCUUAUCAGGUUGAACUGAUCCGGAGAGACUAUGUGGCCAAUGGCGGCUGGGAGACCUUCCUAUCCUAUGAGGACCCUGAGCAGGACAUCCUCAUUGGCCUGCUGCGCUUGCGGAAGUGCUCGGAGGAGACGUUCCGGGCGGAGCUGAAGGGGGGCGUCUCCAUCGUCCGAGAGCUCCACGUCUACGGGAGCGUGGUCCCCGUCAGCAGCCGCGACCCCUUGAAAUUCCAGCAUCAGGGAUUUGGGAUGCUACUGAUGGAGGAGGCGGAAAGAAUCGCGAAGGAAGAGCACGGGUCGUGGAAGAUCGCCGUCAUUUCAGGUGUGGGCACCAGGGACUACUACAGGAAGAUCGGCUACGAACUGGACGGGCCCUACAUGGUGAAAAGGCUGGACUGAGAGAGACGGGCGGAGCUGGGAGCAUUCAAGGUCGCGUCUUUGAACCUCGGUCCUCUUGAGGCAGAAGGGGAAUGGCAACCUCCUGCUGCAAAAGCCUAGUCUCUGGGAGCACAGCCGCCUGCAAUUUGAAGCCUGCCUUUUUGCACUCAGUGGUGUCCCAUUUUACAACGGGAUGGUUUCCCCCCUAUUUCUAAUGAACAAUCACCCUUUUUAAAACAAUUCUAUGCUUUGUAUUGGUUUUCAUACAUGAACACCUGCUUUUAUCGGCAGGGGCCUUCAAGAGGACUAGGACCUUGAGGUGGAGAUCUUUUAUCAACUUGCCUUGGGCUGAAGAGUGCGUACAUUCGCCUUUUUUUUUUCUUCCUCUGCCAGGGAGCACUUAAGAGGAUAAUUUUGCUUGCGUGCACCUUGCUCUCUUGAAGCUGUUUGCAUCUGAUUGGCUUUCAACCCUGCCUCUUGUCCAACUCCAGAUUGUGAGCAACCCUCACUUAGCUGCCCUCUCUGCAUUGUGGGAGCUUAAGACCAGUCUGGGUUGUUGUUUUUCGAGGAUUCUGCCCGGUUUUAGCAGUUUGGCUUCUUUUGUUUCAACACGCUUGUCAGUGGCGCAUCUUUGCCUCGUUCUUCCGCAAGGAGAGAAAGAGGCAGCAGUUGUAACAUGUACUGCUUCCGGAAUCCCACAGUGCAGAAAAUAUGCAAACAGUGCCAGUGUCCGUCGUGGUGUCAAUAUCUGCAGCCUCUUCCGUCAGAGGAGAGUCAGCAUUAUUUUACAAAUGUCCCCCCCUCCCCCAGGGGGCAGGGACACCAAAGAGGAGGGGAUCCUAGAUCCAAAUGCAAUAGCCUCUCCUGGAUGAUGUAAGCUAUAUAUUUUUUCAUGCUUGCAAAAGAGCAGGACUGCUUUGUCCUCGUGCACUUAGAGCAGAGGCAGGGCCCCUCCAGAUUUUGUGGGGUUCAAACUCCCAUCGAUUACGGCUGGUGGGAGUUGUAGUGCAGCAGGUCUCCCCCCGCGCCCUUGGGUCGACGCUAAGGUUCUCUGUGGUUUGCAUUCAUAGACGCCACCAAAGAUGGAGAUCAGAGAGCCAGCUUGUGAAAGAUCUGCAACCUCUGCAACGCUCCUGCUAAUAAAUACCUAGGUGUUUGUU